UUUAGCAUUUAAUUUGGGGAUUUCUUUAUCUCUCUGAAUUUGACCGGCUUUAUAAAACCACACUCCCUCCGGCCGUGACUGUAAACCCCUCAUCCUCGGAGGCAGCUCAGACCACCGCACCGGUGAAAACCCUCAUUCGUCGCCACCGUAUUCCGCCGUACAUCUUCCACCCACGGCGGCGCACUAGGCAUUUUAAGCCCCCAAAACUGCUUCACCUUCAAGAUUCUCUCAUCACUUCGAUGUCGAAAUAGGAUUCAAAAUUGCUGUUCGGCCUUCUUCAACUGUGGGCACCAUACAAAAUGGUGGUGGCAACCGCUCCAUUAGUCUGUUCAAAGGUGACGGCUUUUAGCUCUACUCUCUCGCCGAGUAGCUAUUUGGUUUCACUCAGACCUUCUAACAAACAGUUUCAGUGCAAACACCUAUCUGCGAAAAACUCUCCGAGCAAGAACAAUUCGAGGCUAAUCAGAACCUUUUCGAACAGCACUCACUCAAUUCUCUCCAGUUUUUCACCAAUCCCCCCUUCAAAUUCAAGAAUUACUCUUCCUCUCCGCCCACUCAAAUGCUCGUAUUCAAAUCCCACCAUACCAGCAGAUGCAAACUCACCGAAACCACUUCUAAAAAGACUCCAAGAUUUAUCCUUCGAGUCUCUUAAAUCCACCCUUCUGCAAUUGACCCCAAUCGACAUUUGCAAGUGGUGUUUGGUUCUCUCCGUUGCAAUCGCCGCAUCCAAACAGGCUGUCAGUUCACUGUUCAACCCUUUCUUCUGGUUGUACUUCAGCUGGACAUGGCUAUUCUGGCCAUGGAUUGUCGCCAUUGCCCUCGCAAUCUACGGCAUUUUCAGCCUCACCAAACACCUCAACGGGGAAGCUAAACUACACGAACAGCUCGCCAUAAUCACCUCAUCUUUCACCUGGCUAACGCUGGUCCCACCCGCACACUUCAACGGCUUUCUUGAAGGAUGGCCGUUCGUCUUCUUCUUCAUCUACCACUACUUCUUCUUCCUCAACGUGACUGUCCGAAAGAGAAUGUACGGCGAUUACAACCCCCGCGCGCACGAUCCCAAGUGGGAUAUCAGCUCGCCUGGAUGGCACAAGAUUCUGUUCUGCGCCGGAAUAUUCCUCGGCCAUUGGCUGGCGGCCUUUGAAGGAACUGAACUUCAUCUUGUGCCCGGUGGGUGGGCCAAUGUUGGUAUAUGGGCUUUGAUUUUGGUGACGGUGUUCAUGCAGUACCACUCCACUUUGUACUUGGCUAAGUAUUCGGAGAAUGUGGUGGUCCCCACUGCUGUGGUUCAGUUCGGGCCUUACAGAUUUGUUCGUCAUCCGAUUUACGCAUCCACUAUGCUCCUGUUUGUGACUUACUUCGCUGCGCUCAGAGCACCGUUUAGUUUGCUGUUUAUUGUUGGGGUGUGCUCCGCGUAUUAUGGGCAGAAGGCGAAGAUGGAGGAGGCGUUGAUGCUCGAGAGUUUCGGGGAGAGGUACAGUGAGUAUAUGAGCAAGGUUCGUUAUAAGUUAAUUCCUUUCGUUUAUUAGUUUGAAGAAGUUGUCGUUGGAUUUUGGAGACGUUGAAUUGAAAAAAUCGAUGGCUGAACAGGGUUUUUAAUCUUUACUGUUUAAAUUCGGAAUACGGAGUUAGUGAUCGUUUUAAGCAUGUCAAGAUGUUACUUUCUUGAAUUUUAAGUUUGGUUCAGAUUGCUUUUGUAGUUGAGGUAAUAUUUUCCCCAAUAUGAAGUUAUUGAAUAUU